AUGAUUAGCGCUUUAUCGCCCGCGAAGGUGUUGCUUUCUGCCGUGCACGCCGCUCUGAAUGCAGACAUAGGUAGCCUUGCCGCUUUGGCCAAAGUUUACGCUUCCACUCUGCAUCAUCAGCUUCUGCUGCGAAUUAUCCUCACGUACUUGCCCGAAUCAGUGAAACCUGCUGAAUACGUGGGCCUUCUUACCCAAACAGCCGAUGGACGCCUUCUGAACGGGGACACUGUCGCCGUGGAGGAUAUACUGGUGAUAGAUUUGACAGACGAUCAAGCGGCUAAAGAGGCCAGAAGGCUGCUGCUACGGCCGCUAUCAUGCUUUGAUGCGCCUGAAACAUUCCGAAACGAUCCACUCGGACGCUUUCUGUCACUAAGAGCUCGAUCCAUGAAUCACGAAGCUGGAAUGGUCGGUCAGCUGCUGGAUUUACUGCUGCCAUUCGUUAACCACAGUACCGAAUUACAUGACUGGAUUGUAUGCACCGCUCUGCCAUACAUAAGAAGGAACUCGGAGCUUCGAGUUGGGGAAUUACCCGAAUAUUCCCUGCAUCAAUUUGAGAGCUUACCACAUCGCACAGCUAGCGAGUACCUUGUAUCCCAACUGAAUCAUUUGGAUAGACGACAAGACGGGGCUGUCAUGAUAAUGAGAAGCAUUUUAGGACCAUGGCUACAUGAUACAGCGCGAUGGGAGCAUGCUUUGGAUGUGAAAGAGGUCCAGCCAACAGUGCUGCUAUGCCCAGUCUGGCAUCAGAUAUGUGAGUGGCUCCUCAGUCUAGCUGCAUCGUCGUGGCCAGUCGCAGUUCAGAUUUUGGAAGGUUGGAAUGGCCUCGAAGAUGUUGAAUUUGGCUACGGACUAAGCUCGAAACUCCCGCCCUCAUGUUAUAAAUACUUCAAACGCUCUUAUGCCGCAUUGACCCUGGCAUGUGUCUACAUAACCCCGGAAGCAACACUGGAGUGUUUAACCAGCCUUCAACGGAUAACAGCCAAGGUAAGGUCAUACCUUGCGUAUGACGAACCAUGCAAAUCGUUGGAGGAAAUGUUGUCUGACUUGCCCGAUUUUUCCAUCGAAAACCUGUCAAUAUUUCGAGAGGGCCGUAUUGCGAGCUGUAUGAAAAACGAUUUACUCGAGCAGAGCAACCCACUCACUGACCCGCAAGAAAAUGCCACGAAACUUCUGUUAGCUUUAAUUCUAAGUGCGUACAUCUUGACUAUCCAUGGUCGCCCUUCUUCGGUCAAGAAUGUGGGUGAGCUCACGUUUUUACGCGACGAGUUGGCUCAAAAGACAGAAGUGGCCAAACUGUUGCGUGAAAUCGGUUCCCAGACCUCUCCGGAUGGGGACGCGAAUUUGCUGCGAGCGCGGAGAUGCUUGUUGUGGCUUCAUGACUGGGGUAAGACUGAUACCGCUGGUCUGUAUGUUUCGGCCUGUGGCGCGCUGGGAACAGUCAAGAAGGCAUAUAUUGAAACCGAGUUUCUAAAAAUGCUGCUUUCCACGAGGCGUUAUGCUUUGGCGCGUUCAUUGUACGAAGAUGACAGUUACAACUAUCUGUCUGCUGAUAUAGUGCAAGAAGUGGUUUAUCAAUCAGCUUUAUUAGCGUUUGAUAACGCUACAAAUCCAGACCGAAGUGGAGGAGGUCUCCAGCAUUGUCAUGAUAUCAUUCAUGCUUUUCCUGGCACAGUAGGGCCGUCACUACCUGGGACAAAGGAAAUAUGGGCUCUUUUGAAAGCAACAUACGCUUUGAGCAAUUAUCAGUUGGCCAUUCAACCAGAAGAGCCGUUUCGACCCGUCGUUCUUCGAGUGCAUUCAGAUCCUAUAUCAAUCAUCCAAAAAAUUCUUGAACAGAACCCUCGCGCUUAUACUAGGCUUCAAGAAUUUGUAGAAAUGGGCACGAAUAUCGCUAGAGCUGGCUUGCCGUACCCAAACGUUGGCAUGCCAGCGGAUGUCCAAGUCACGGCAGAGCAGCCCGAAGCAACCAUUGAAAAAAUUGAGCGCCGCAUCACAGCCAUGUGUAUCAAGGCUGCCCUGAGAGAAGACGAUUUUGAGACGGCUUAUUCGUAUGUGGCUAGUCGACUGGCUUGCCUUGUGACAGAUUCUUCAACGCACGUGCUAUCAGACGGAUGGUCCUGGAAGGCCGCCAUGGAGGCAGGACUAUAUGUCCGCACGGCCUGGUCGCAAUUACCUUCUCAUUUGGGGACUGCGAGUAGCGAUCUUAAUAUUAGGCACGUUGAGCAACGGAUAGAGUGUCUCGCGACAGCGCUACGUUUGGCACCAACCAAUGAAUUACAAGAUAUUCUGAAGAACUUCAGACGAUGCGAAGAGCAACUAGACUCGAUAAUGAAGGAGGAGAUUAUUGGCAAAAUAAUGUGUAGAGAAGGAAUCCACAAUAACCACUCAUCCGGGGCCUUCGAUGAUCUACAACUUGAGCAGCAGUCCUCAUUAAGUCCUCUCGAGGAAAGCAUGGUAACGCGUCAGAUGGAGGAUGUACCAAUGUCUCUGUUUGACCUUUCCCGGGCGACGGCCCGCCUCGCCCAGAAAAAUAUAACCGCUUUUUCAAGUCGACAAAGUAUUAUUGAAGGUGCUCGUUCGGCUUCUCCCGAUUACUCAGAUGCGCUCCAGCAGCGUGUAAGGAAACGGGAUCAACUUCGUGAAGCAGCCACGGGAACGCUGACUGUCAUUAAAUUAAGGCUGUGGAAUCGCGGGCUAUAUUACAUUAUAUUUAUCUACUUCGUAGCGGCCGUGUUAGAGUAG